CAGAGCAGCAAAAACAAAACAUCGUCAUCAUCGGUACUUGUUCCUGACAUCCGAUUUCCACAGAAAUCCGAGGCUGAUGUCUCUUGUCAGGUGGCGGUAUCAUUGGGUCAACGACAGCAUACUUUCUCUCGCAGCAUGCAAAAUUCGAUAGAGAAAGAGAUACAAUUACCCUUCUCGAAGCGACCAAAAUCGCCGGUGGCGCCUCGGGAAAAGCCGGUGGUUUAUUGGGACUAUGGGCCUAUCCCAGCUGCAUUGUGCCAUUGAGUUAUAAGCUGCAUCAAGAACUAGCUGAGAAGCACGAUGGAGCUAAUCGCUGGGGCUAUCGAGCUGUACACUGCGGCCAAAUCGAUAUGUUCGGUGUUCUAGCAAAGCAAAAGAGCGCAAAAGGCGACGCAGACAGCAAAGCCAAAGAAGAUCAUGUGAGUCUACAGAAGCGGACGGAGAAAGCAAUCGGCUUGCUGCGAGCCGCCGGCGUACCAAAAGAUCUCGACUGGAUCGCCGCAGAAGGUAUAAAAGCCUACGAAGAAAUGGGCACUCCCUCCACAACCGCCCAAGUCCACCCCUACCAAUUCACAACAAGCAUGGCCCAGCUCGCCCAAGAAAACGGCGUAAAAAUCCUCUACGGCUCCGCAACAAACAUCGCCCAAGAAAACGGAGCCGUAACCUCCGUCUCCUACAAACCCAAAGACUCAGAUGAAGAAUGCAGCCUCCCCGCCGACACAAUCAUCCUCACUGCAGGCCCCUGGACAAAAGCAGUCUGGAAACCCACACCCAUCUACCCCCUCCGCGCCCACAGCGUAACCAUCCGCCCCACCCGCCCCGUCUCCGCCUACGCCCUCUUCACCGCCAUCGACAUGCCGCGCAGCGGAACAGUAACCCCAGAAAUCUACGCAAGGCCCAACCAAGAAGUCUACGCGUGCGGCGACGGCGAUACACUCGUCCCUUUACCCGCCUCUACAGAUCUCGUACACUGUGAUGAGAGUCGCUGCCAGGACAUCAUCGAACAGGUCUCGUCGGUUUCAGAGGAGCUGAGGGAUGGAGAGGUGACGGCGAGGCAGGCGUGUUAUUUGCCGAAUAUGAAGCGUGGGGGACCGCUGGUGGGCAAGACGAGUGUAAAGGGUUUGUUGAUGGGAGCGGGACAUACGUGUUGGGGGAUUCAGAAUGGGCCUGGGACGGGGAAGCUGUUGAGUGAGAUUGUAUUUGAUGGCGAGGCGCGGAGUGCGCGGAUUGAGAGUUUGGAUCCGAGGAAGUUUGGGGUGUGAGGGGGAAGGAAUGCCUUUUGGAGAGAUGGUCAUUUACAUAUUGUGUAUGUGCACUUAUGGAAGAGAGGUUGAUGGUCGUUGGGUAUGAUGAAGGACCACCAAGAGAUAUACCUUGAACACCUUUUCCAUUGCUACUUGGGCUUUAGUAGACGACAGUCACACGCAACUAAUCGCAACGACAAUGGCUACCAGAAGGACAUGCACAUACUGAAUGAAGAACACGAUCUAGAACUAUACAAGACAGCACAAGACAGCAACUUCGCUUUUUGCAUUCCCUUGCUACGCCUUCGGAACACGUGGGAAAGCUCAUUGACAAAUCCUUAGCGCAACAUCAUCAAAAACCUGCAAUCCGUGCCAUUGAACUCCAACACUGUCUAGCCCAGAGAAGAACUCGAGCCUAUGUUUGAUCUUUCAGAUAUCGUCCAAGUCCUCAACCUCGGCACUGCUCUUCUUGCCAUCUCCGUUCAACCUGUCCAUGCGGACAUUCU